CCCAGCCGUCCUCCCCCGCCUCCCACCAUGGCCGAGAAGGAUGCCUGCGCCCGCCUCCGCAGGGCUGUAAAAGAGAACAACCUCUUUCUCGUCAAACGACUCAUCAAGCGCACGGACAUGCGCAAUCCCGACCCCUCCGUCAAACGCUACACUUCGCUCGCAUGGGCCGCCAUCCUAGGACACGAGGAGACGUUUGAGUUCCUCCUCAGCAGCGGGCACGACGAUGACCACGAAUACAGCAAGGACUCAGAAAACAACACCAUCCUCUUACUGCUUGCUGAUGCACGACCGCCCCCAUCCGACCCCCACUCUAAGGGCCCCUCAGAACAAGACUUCCUUGGGGCCACCCUCCGAAUGGCCCGGAUGUACAUUGACCGCUAUCCCGAGGUCCUCGACUGGGCCAACAUCGAAGGGAAGACGGCACUGCACGUUGCAGCGCAAAAGGGCAACGAGGAGCUCGUUCGGAUGCUUUGCGAUCACGGCGCAGACUUUGACCUGGCCGAUAACGAGGGGAAUACUCCGCUACAUUAUGCGAGCGCCUGGGGUAACGUUACGAUCGUCCAGCUGCUGAUUGAGCGCGGAUGCCAAUACUCGGCGCGGAACAACCAAGGGUUCACGCCCUCGGAUUAUGCAUACUCAAUAAGUACGCGAGAUGCUCUGCAAGAUACAGCUCGAAUACAAUUUGAAAACAACAAGAAGGCCAGGCGGAACGUGUACCAGCAGGCCGCCGUUCGGGGCAACGAGUGGAAUGGCCCGGCGAAUAUGCAAGUAUACCCUCCAUCACCGAGGGAGCAUGCCCAUUUGCAGAACGGUUCCGUACGGGUGAGGAGCGGUUCAGGGACCAGCCAUACGACGACGACAUCCAACAGCGGCGACCUGCUCGAUGGGCAUGUGGCGCAGCAAGCCCCCUCGCGGUUCUGGUCGUCACCAUCACGACGGCCUGCACCGUUACCCUCGGGGUCGCACUCUCCCGGACACCCGGGACAUCCUUCAGCGAGCUCAACAAGUAGUACAUUUGGAUUCGCCUCGUCACCCGUCUCGCAACCCAACUCCGCCACCCUCCUUCCCAAUGUCAAUUCCAAUCCUGCGUCCGCUUUGUCACCGAUCGCAACACGAAUGCGAGAACGGGAUGCGGAUGCGAUGGAGAAGUACAAGCUGCGACAACGUAGCGGGAGCGCUACGACCGCAUCGACAGACAGCCCGUCGCAGAACGAGUCUGCGUCUCCGCCCGCACCACCACCGAAAGACACGGACGAAGUCUCCGCGCUCUCAUCAAUAGGCACGAUCGGCUCCGUCGCGCCCCGGCGUCGAUUACGGCCGUCCGCCUCCGCGGCGCAGCUGCGGACGAAUCCCCAGCCGCUGACGAUACCGACAAGUCAGGGGGAGCCCCGAAGCCGCUCGGGGACGAGCCCCGCGAUGCUCAAGCCGACGCACAACCUCCCUUCGCCCCCGGGCGAGUCGUCCGCGCUGCCCACCCCGACGCAGAACUCGACCGCGCCGCGGCCGAGCAUACAGCGCUCGGGGAGCUCGCAGCCGCCGGUCGGCGGCAACGGCAACGGCAACGACUACACGGGGCCCCCGAGCGAGUAUGCGCGGUUCCCGCCGCCGCCGAUGACGGAGGAGCCGGAGCGGGCGUCGACGCCGACCACGGCGACAGCGCCUACGCACACGCGGCGGUUACCGUUCAAUUUGCUGUCGUCGCACAAGAACAGCAUGGAUUCGCACGUUUCGAGUGGGGGGCAUCGGAGAAACGCGUCUGUGAACGCGGUGGUCAGGUAGGGAUGCGCAGGCUCCAGGGGCGGGUCGCUGUGCGUGGUCAGGGUGGCUUCUCCUCCCCGCAUGUACAGUACUCGGUUCGGCGGGUGUUCUUGGCGAGUCAUGGGGGGUGUAUUCUUGACGUUUGCUGCACGCGGGUGCUGGAGGUUACUUAUUCGCAAGGGGUGGGGUGUUGUAUGUACAAGUCGCAUUCGCUGUGUACCUUGCUCUGUUGUGCAUUGAUCCGUACGUGUAACCACGCGGGCUUGCUGGAUGCCGUAUUGUAU